CGAUAUUUGGCAUCGAUUGUCUUGCAGCUCCGCAGUAUAUGUAGUUGUAAGCUUAAGGUUAUAAACGGAAUUCAUAGGCAAGAUUAUAAACAAUAGUAUUAAUUCAAAUAAAUAUGGAAUAUGAAAGUGUGCUGAUUGUAAAGCCCGAGGUAUUCAUAUACAAAAUACCGCCACGCGCCAGCAACAGAGGAUACAGAGCAGCGGACUGGAACCUGAAAGAGCCCACCUGGACCGGACGAAUGCGUCUGGUGGCCAAGGGCACAACAUGCAUACUAAAGCUGGAGGAUAAGACGAGCGGCGCUCUGUUUGCCAACUGCCCCGUCGAUACAUAUCCCGGUGUUGCGAUCGAGUCGGUCUCGGAUAGCUCACGCUACUUUGUUAUACGUGUCCAGGACGACAAUGGACGAUCGGCCUUUCUGGGACUCGGUUUUGGGGAUCGUUCCGAUUCGUUUGAUUUGAAUGUGGCGUUACAGGAUCACUUCAAGUGGGUCAAGAAUCAGGAGCAAAUCGAAAAAGAGAAAACUGAACCCAAACAGGAGCUCGAUUUGGGCUUCAAGGAGGGUGAAACCAUCAAAAUAAACAUGCGCAUCACGAAAAAGGAUGGCUCUGAGGGCAGCUCGCGCACUGGCAAGGGCAAAGGUACCGGCGGUGUGCUACCACCGCCGCCAGGUGGUUUGGCCAAAAUCGCACCACCGCCAGCCGGUGCGGCUGCGGCUGCGGCGACGUUGCGGCAAAGUCCGGGCGCAUCGCCAGCCCAUCGGACCAGCGGAGGCGGCGCCGGCACGGAGUGGACCGACUACGCAUCCGCCGGCGGUAAUCAAGGACAACAGAAUACGGCAAAUGCCAAUUGGGUUCAGUUUUAGGCUGCGACCUGCGCAACGUCACGCACCGGUUUUGUGUUAAGGGCUCUUAACUGCUUUUUACACACCAGACACACACACACACACACGCAUACACACACAACUUAAACUCGCUAUUGAAUUGGACAACAUAACGACCAACACUAAAAAAAAAAACACA